CCUGUUUCUUUCCUUUUUCCUCUUAUCCUCCUCAUUUCACUCUUUUUCUCUCUACUUUCUGUCAUUCUUUCCUCAUUCACAAACACCUGAAAACUACUAUUUCUUUUCUAUUUUAAUAAUCCAAAAAAAAAAAAACAGUUUUUUUGUUUCACAUGAUUUAUGUAUUGGGCCAUUUCAGAUUUUUCAACCGUUAUUUUUCAUUUGAUUAAAAUUGGAGGUUUGGUUUUGCCAGUUGAUUCCUCUUCUUCUAAGGUCAAUGUAGCUGGGUUUUUCUCCAAAAUUAGGGUUUUCGUUUCAAGUUUUUGGGAUUUUGAUAUCAAACUAUGUAGUUGAAGAAGCUGGAGCCUUUCUAAUAAUUAUAAUAAUAAAAUCCUCUUUUUACCUUUCCUGGGCUUAUAUUGAAAUCUCCAAUUUUUUUUCUUUGUUUCUUAGCUUUAUUCUUCCUAGGAUUUCCUUUCUUCUUCUUUUGGUCAAAGGCUUAUACUUUUUUUAUUUGAUGCUUUUAUCUGUGCUGAUUAUUGAAAAAACUUCAGAUUUGCUUUCUUUUCAUUAGCUGGUCUUAUGGGGGCUCGGAGUUUUAAAUUUGGUAAAUCCUUUGAGUUUUGAGGGCGUAUUGAAUUAGAGGGCAAUAAAUGCUGAAUUUGACACAAAUCCGAGUGAAAAUAGCUUAAACUAAGCUCUUUGGGAUAUUCGGUAUUAUCAUUGAAGACAGUAGUUUUUUUUUUUUUUUGCUUGAGAAUGGAUCAUGUGAUUGGUGGUAAGUUCAAGCUUGGAAGAAAGAUUGGCAGUGGUUCUUUUGGAGAACUCUAUUUUGGGGUAAAUGUGCAAACUGGAGAGGAAGUUGCUGUCAAACUGGAAUCUGUGAAGACAAAGCAUCCACAGCUUCAUUAUGAGUCAAAAUUGUAUAUGCUUCUUCAAGGAGGAAUGGGCAUUCCCCACCUCAAAUGGUUUGGAGUUGACGUGGAUUACAAUUUCAUGGUAAUUGACCUUCUUGGACCUAGUUUGGAAGAUAUGUUCAGCUACUGCAACAGGAAACUCUCAUUAAAAACAGUGUUGAUGCUUGCUGAUCAAAUGAUUAAUAGAGUAGAAUAUAUGCAUUCAAGAGGUUUUCUUCACCGUGAUAUAAAGCCUGACAACUUCUUGAUGGGCCUUGGACGAAAGGCAGAUAAGGUAUAUAUCAUUGAUUAUGGUCUUGCAAAGAAGUAUAGGGAUCUUCAGACUCAUAAGCACAUCCCAUACAGAGAAAACAAGAACCUCACAGGCACAGCUCGUUAUGCAAGUGUGAACACUCACCUUGGAGUUGAGCAAAGCCGAAGAGAUGAUUUAGAAUCACUUGGUUAUGUGCUUAUGUAUUUCCUCAGAGGAAGCCUUCCCUGGCAGGGGUUAAAAGCUGGCACAAAAAAGCAAAAGUAUGAUAAGAUUAGUGAAAAGAAGGUAUCAACUCCUAUAGAGGUGCUCUGUAAGUCCUUUCCAUCUGAGUUUGUAUCAUAUUUUCACUAUUGCCGAUCUUUGCGGUUUGAAGAUAAACCAGAUUAUUCAUAUUUGAAGAGGCUUUUCCGAGACUUGUUUAUAAGAGAAGGUUAUCAGUUUGACUAUGUCUUUAACUGGACUGUAUUGAAGUACCCACAGAUUAGUGGCAGCUCCAGAGGGCAGCAUUCCAGUGGAAGAGCAGGUUUAGCUGCAGGACGAGCCAUUGAAAGACCAGAAAAAAUCCCAGUGGGAAGAGACAUUGGGGAUAGAUUCUCUGGUGCAGCUGAAGCAUUUUCCAAAAGAAAUAUUUCAAGUAAUAGUCCUUGUCGUGAUCGCUCUAGACACAAGACUGCUGAGGACGUAACUUUCUCAAAGCAAGUGCACUUGGAUUUGGAUAAAGGAUGCAGUUCUUCUCGAUAUGGUAGCACUUCAAGAAGAGCUGUAGUAGCAAGCAGGCCUAGUUCAUCCGGUGAACCAAAUUACGUUCCACAAAACCGACUAGUAUCAAGUGGUGGUCGCACGUCUACCACUCAAAGAAUCCAACUUGCCUUUGAGGACAAAACAUCUAGUCGUGCCACUCCUCUCAGAGGAAGCCGUGAUGAUCAUCCUUUUCGAAGUUUUGAGUUCCUCUCUAUUAGAAAAUGAUGAGGUAAUAUAUCAAUUUUAGGCUGAUGUUUUUAAUAGCUUACAAUCUCACUGCAGCUUUAAUGCCACUACAGCACAAGUGACUUCCCUUUACCAUAUUGCGAAUCCAUUCUUUCCAAGUUUAUGGCCAUUGUAUCAUGUUGUAGACAUCAAGAAAAGGGAAUUCAUGUAUCGGAAUUUUUUGUUAUAUUAAUUUGAAAAUAAUGCAAAGACUCCUAAUACUAGACUGAAAGAGUCAUCUACUUUUCUUGUACCCAAUACUGGUGU